AAAGAGCGUAUGAUUGUAAUUACAUCUGAUGUCUGGUUAGCAACCGUUGCCCUUGGAAAAUGAAGUAAACGCCAUUUUCUCCGUUUCUAGGCGACGACCUGCGUUUGUUGACAACCAAAGCAACAUUUGGGAAUCGUUGCCAUGACAACACAGCCGAACUUCGUGCCUGACUUGCCUACUGUCAACAAUAAUGGGAACGCUGUAAUGCCCCAGCCCAACCAGCAUCAAAGCGAGCCUCAAAAUCUGUCUUCUAGUCAAACUUCUGAAAGCCAAACUGCUACAACUUCAUGUCAAUCCAACUCUUUAUCCCCAAGAGAAAUUACAGCACAAGAGGCUCCCCUAUCUCUAGCCAAAGUUCUUGUACCAGCACAAGUUGCAGUUGUUGCUCAUUCUUUUUCAGAACAGCAAUCCCAACAGCAGUCAGUACUCUUUCAAGCUCUCACUGCUCAGUCAGCUCCACAUUUUAUUGCACUUACAGUACCCAGUCAGGAUAAUGAAAGGCAUGAAAUAAGUGUACCUGGUGCUCAGGGUGUUUCCUGUGUGCAAUAUAUUGAUGAGGGAGGUGGGACUAAUGUAUUUUCUGCACCCAACAGUCAGAUGACGACAUUUUCAAUUUAUACAACACCAGAAACAGCAAGCAUGUACACUCCUAAUUCAACAGCAUAUUAUAAUUCUACUAGCAACUCAGAAAAUUAUUCCCAGGUGAAUGUGAAUGAAGACCGGGCCCAGGAUAGUGGUUGCCAGUCUUAUAAUGAAGACCAGGAUGUCUUUCAAGUGUUGGACGAAAGCAACAUGACAGAAUCGGAAAAUAGUCACAUGUCUUGUUACCCUAGUUCCCGUCUAUCAGCUGCUUCUAUGAAAUGGCUUGUUGACAACUAUGAAAUGGCAGAUGGUAUGAGUGUUCCUAGAAGUACAAUGUAUAGUCACUAUCUAAAGCACUGUAAUGAACAAAAAAUGGAGCCCUUAAAUGCCGCAUCUUUUGGGAAACUCAUAAGAAUGGUCUUCAAUGGCUUGAGAACUAGGAGAUUAGGAACUAGAGGAAAUUCAAAGUAUCAUUAUUAUGGAAUACGUUUAAAACCAUCUUCAUCAAUAAACAAAGCUAUGGAAGAUAUUGUCAACACUACUUACAGGCACAACUCUUUUAUGCACAUGCGAAGGUUAAAAACUGAACGCAAUGUUAAUGUUGAGAAUAAUAAUAACUGCAAUGGUAAAAGGUUUUUUGAAUCUGAUGAAUCUGAUAAAAAACAUACUGCUUCAGCACAGCCCAAAUCUCAUCAUGUCUAUCUUGGAGAUGCUUCCACUGCAAUACCUGAUGUGGAGAUAGAAUUUGAUGCCAAUCUUUUGCCUAAUGGAAUUACUUUAGAGAAGAUUACUCUUUUCAAAGAUGCUUAUAGGAAACAUUGUGAAAAUAUUUUGGAAGCUGUGGUUAAUUUUCAAUUUUCAGAAGUCGAAAGCCUUUGGCAUGCAUUUUGGAACACCUCUACUGAAAACAGGUCUAAAAGUGAACCUGAUGUGAUAAAGCCUUUCCUGUUAGAAAUAGUGAACUUUGACCCUAUUAAAGAAUUCAUAAAGCGAACAGAUUAUCAAUUUUAUCAAAAUCUAGUCGAUGUAUUGAUUCCUGAUGUUCUUCGACCCAUACCGAGUACCUUAACCCAAGCAAUACGGAAUUUUGCAAAGAGCUUAGAAGGUUGGUUGCGAGCUGCAAUUACUGAGUGCAAUGAUGAUAUUUUGAAUAUUAAGAUUAGUGCCAUCAGUGCCUUUGCUCAGACUCUGCGCCGAUAUACCUCAUUAAAUCAUCUUGCUCAAGCCGCAAGGGCUGUCUUGCAAAGCUCAACUCAAAUAAAACAAAUGACAUCAGAUUUGAACAAAGUUGAUCUUCGAAACAUACAGGAGCAAGCCGCCUGGGUAUGUCAGUGUGAGGAUGGCAUAAUACGUCAGAUACUCACAGAGUUUCGCCAGACUCUACAGCACAAUUUAUGGCUGGAAGAUUGGGCUACAUGGCUGGAGAAUAUAGUUCACAAAAUCUUGGAGCCUCACGAAGGCAAGCCCACUUAUCCAAAAGCUGCAAGACAGUUCCUUUUGAAAUGGUCUUUCUAUAGUUCCCUGGUGAUUCGGGAUUUAACAUUGCGCAGUGCUGCAAGUUUUGGAUCAUUUCAUUUGCUGAGGCUUCUCUAUGAUGAAUUCAUGUUUUUUGUUAUUGAACAUAGUAUUGCCAAAGCAACAGGAACAACUAGCAUAUCUGUGAUGGGAGAAUAUUUGUGCUCAGGGAAACCAGAACAACUAAGUGACAUGCUUGAGCCUUCAAGUUCUAGUGUAGUAAGUUCUGAUUUUAGUGAGAAUGAACCUAAUGAGUGCAUUGUAAAGGAGGAAUCUAGUCAAGAUUGUGAGAUUCCUGUACCCCAAGAAUAAUCCAAAGAGGAGCCCUUCUUGCAUACAUAUCCACAGUUGGUUCUUAAUUGCUCACUAUUUUGUCUGGAAAUUUCCUAUUACACUCAUAGAUUUUCUACACUAUUCAAUUUUGCACAAAUCAGUUGAAAAACCAUGAACAGUAUUGAAGUUAAUUCAUUUUGCAGACAACUUAUUUCUUAUGAUGAUACACUUUAUUGGCUAAGUUUUAUUAGAAGUUUAAAGCUAAGUGUGUUUGGAGAAUGAAAAAAAGAUUUUGAAGUAAACGUAAUAUAGAAAAGAAUACACAAUUUUAUAUUAUUGUACAUAAACUAUUAAAAUUUUCAAAGAUUAAUUCAUGUAAAAACUAUUGACAUGAUUAUUGUUAUAGUAAAACUUGUUGCAAGUUGUGUUAUUAGUACAGAUUUGAUUUUUAUAUUAUUGCUUGAUUAUUUCCUUAAAAUUUAUUUAUCAUUUAGUGAUUUGAAUCUUUUUCAUUAGUCGGAUUUUUACAUUUUUCAUUUCCCUGGACACUUUUCACUGACAUUCUCCACUUCUGUCUUAUAAUACAAUAUUUCUCUCCAUAAUUAAUUUAAUGAAGUGUUUUUAGAAAAAUUACUUUUGUGCUGAUUCAAACAUUAAUUUUUUUCUAGUUAAAGUUUAAAUAAAUAAAUUUAUACAUUUCAAUUUGAAGAAUAUUUUUAUGAAGCAUUAAUAUAAAAUGCGAUCAAGGAUUUAUACUGUUAAUAACAGUAUUGAGAUACUGUGGAUAUUUUUGCUUAUUUUAAUAUCUAUUUUACAAUGCAUUGCAAUAUUUAUACCAAGUUUGCUUUUUGUGCUGUAAAAAAAUCACUUGUUGUAUAUUUUACAAAUGAACUCUAUUUUCAGUUCAGAAAGCAAUAGCAUAUGCUGUAGUAUGUGCUUUUAAGUUAUUGUUUUCUUUUUGCGAGUCUGUAACUCUAGUCUAAACAUAGUUCUGUUUUGCCAAAUUGCACUGUGAUCACAUUUCUGUUUUUUGUACAUGCCGGGUUUGACUUCGUAUAAUCACUGCCAUAUUAAAUGCACUUACCAUUUAAUAAAAAAGAAAAAAAAUUCCUCAAAGGUAAAAGCUAAUCCUAUAUAAUUUGUUUUAAAUUUUGUGAUAAUUUUGUUAUGCAAUCUCAAAGCUAAUUUGCAGAUUAUGUGAUAAUUUUUCUCAAAGAAUUAUUUUUAGUCAAAUUUGUAUAUAUGAGAAAUUAAAUCUUACUUGUUCCUUGAUAUCACAGUGAGAUGAAAAUUCUUACAUUACCAUAUAUAUAUAUGAUAUGUAUGUGUAUUGAUUAUGCUUUAUUGGCUUGCUCAAAAAUUAAUAUUAUGUAAUUUUGCAUGUAAGCAAAAAUUAGUUAUUUUCUGUAUAUUGAAUAUCACUUAUGUGAAAGGGAAGGGGUAAAUGCAUAUUAGCUCAAUGUGCCUGAUAUUUAUUCUUUAAUAAAAUAUUAAAUCUAACACUACUACUAACCCUUUACACUCCAGAUAUUAAUUAGAUCAUAAUCAAUAACAUAAAUAAUUUAUAUGAAUGUUAAACAAUUUUUGAUUGUUGAUUACUUUACUAGUGUGAUGAUGCAUCUAAUAUAUCAGUCAGGACUUAAAACUGAAAUGUAAAUGGUUAACAAAAUGUGCAUUUACAAGUGAUUUAAAAUGGCUUAAGAAUUUUAUACGAAUGCUGAAGUGUUAUUAUGUCUAAUUUCCUGUUAGUAUUGGAAAAUUUUAUUUGUAACAUUUAGCAAAUUAAAAAUAUAUAUAUUAUUUAAUAAUGAAGAGUAGAUGUUUUAUAGGUACAUAUAUGUUUAUUUUUAAUUGAAUCUUAUCAAAUAUUUUGAUCUACUUUGAAUGGACACAUAAUUCUGAAACACAAACUUAAUGUUGGUUUAUAAAAAUAAUUCAAACAUAAUUUACUAUUAAACAGUAAAAUUUGAUCAUUUAUACAAAGGGUAAAAAAAACAUUUAAAAAUUGAAAUGUAUUGCUUUCUUUGUGAUUCUUGGAAUUCCAAUUGUGAUUCUUGGAAGGAAUUCAUCCCAAUGUAUUUUGGUCAUUGGUUAUUAUUAAACAAAUAUUAUUACAUAGAUUUUUACUUAUUACACUAAAAUUCCUAUCAGUUUUUAAAUUUUAUAUUUCAAAAACAAUUAUUAUUCUCUUUUCCUUGAAAGGUUUUCUAGUAAUUAAAGAGUUACUUGUUGAAAAUAUAUUGUCACUUUUUCUAAACAGUGUUGUUUGUUUAAGAUUUUUUUUAAAGUAAGAUUUAAAAAAGUGACUUUUUAUGUUUGUGUCUAAAGUUUGACUUUUAGUCAUGUGUUUUCUUCUACACAAAUGACCAAACAUACAAUGAAAUGAAAGGAAUGGGAAGUUUCUUUUUUCUAACUCCAAUUAUUCACUGACUAAUAUUGUUGAAAGAGGAGAUCAUUUAAAUUUGUUAUUAAUCUGAAAUGUUGAAUUCUCUGAAAUAUAUUCAUAUACUGUAUAAACUGUAUUGUAUUGUAUUGUAUUGCUUUAAGGAGAAAAUUUUAAAAUUAUGCUGUGUUCAAUAUUUAAACCAGAAAUAUAUGCUUUUUUUAAAAAAAAAAAAAUUAUAUUUGCUAGUAUAUUUUUAAAUGAUUUUGGAAUGCUGGUAAAAUUGCUCUCUUUUUACAAUGAUUAAGUAAUGAUGACAUUUUUCCAAAUGAAACACUAAUAGUAUUUUAAGUUAAUUUUUCUACUCUAUAUAAAUAUAUUUCAUUUAAAUUCCAAUAUUCUUAUCUUAUUUGGACAUUAUUUGCAGCAAUUUAAACACAAAACAUUUUUAUAUUGAAAAUGUUAAUAUACAAAUUACAGAAAGGAAUUUCAGACUAAUUAAAAAUACUAAAUUUCAUCACUGGUAAAGACAAGUGAUUUAGAAAAGGAAGAAUAUAUAGAAGCUAUAUACAGUAGACUCCCGAUUAUCCGCGCCUGCCGCAUUCAGGUUGUUUUUUUUGCUUCCAAACAAAGAGGAAAUGCUUCCAAAGCAAGAAGCAAACACAAAUGACUGAUUUCUUCAAAAAGGUGUAGUUUUACAGUUAUGCUUUUGUAAUUACAUAAUACAUUACAGUAUUAAAACAAUACAUAUGUAUUAAUUUUUCUGUGUAUUCUUGACGCCCCUCGUAAGUACAAAGCACUUUUCUGUUUUCAUUAACAAAAUGCACUUUAGGUUAGUUUUGAGUGAUAUACUAAAAUAUUAUGCGUUAGUUAAACAUUUCCUGCUCUUUAUUUUACGUUUUAUUGUACAUAAAACGAUUUUUCAAAGUUGGAAUGACUGUUUUCUCUUUUGCUAUAUCGGUUUUUAGCGUUUUUCGGAUUAUCCGCGAUUUUUGUUAUCCGCGGCGGCCGCGCCACCCAAUUCCGCGGAUAAUCGGGAGUGUAUUGUAUUAUAUAUAAAAGAAUAUAUAUUAUAUAUAGAAAAAUAUGUGUUUCCUUUAUUAAUAUUACCAUUUAAGAGAUAAAUUUUAUUUUCAAUCCUUCAAAAAUUAAUUGAUAUUUAAUUUUAUUCUAUGUUUUGAAAAUAAUUGUUGCCUUUAGAAACCUGCAAUUUGACUGUCUGUUAUGAGAAAAUUCUUUGAUUAUAUUAUGGGUUUCAUUACAGAAAAAGGUAUUGUUGUUAGUUAAGCAAAAGCAAUUUCUCUUACUUCAUACAGAGAUAUGCAAUGUAUUUUUGUGUUAUCUUCUAUAAGAAAUGCAAUUUAGUCCUCUUCUGACUGGAGAUAUAUUUUAUACCUAUUGCCUUUCUAAUGCUAGACAGAAAUACUUUAAUGCAGAACUUGUGAAUAAACUUUAUUCCUAGCAAGAAAUUAUCCAUGUGCAUCUAAAUUAAGAAUCACCAGAACUUCAGAAUCUUUCACCUACCAAUUUUUUGCAAUGCAGUAAUGCAAUCACUUUCAUUUAUAUAAAAAAUUUAAAUUAUUGUUAUUUUGUACAUAUGUGUUAUCUUUUCAUUACCAAGAUAACACAUAUGUGUUAUCAUUUAAUAUAUUUUCAUCAUCUAAGUUAUGAUUUGGCUUCUUUCCACCUGCAAUUUUUUAAUGAUAUGUAAUAACCAUGCAUUUGUUUUUGAAAGCUGCUCAUAAUAAUUCAAAAUAUUUCAUUAUUAUAAAUAUUUUUUAAUGCAUUAAGUUAGAGUUGAAAAGAUAUUUAAAAUGGUUUGUUAACUUUUUUUUUAUGUUUGUAAAAUAAAAAUUGGUGUUUAUUAUGAAAUGAUCAAAACAAUUACAUUUUGCACCAUAGUUCAAAUUGGAGAAAAGAUUUUUGAUGGUAAUAAGAUCUUAAAUUGAUGAAACAUAUACAUAUUGAAUCAUAGCACUUAAGAUUGAAUAUUUUAGAUGUAUGAAAAUCCUUAAAACCGUGUUUAUAAUUUUUUUUUUUCAUGCAACAAAUAUAUUUGGUCUUAAUAAUUUGAAUCCAUUUUUAGGGGGAAAAUAUGUGUUAGUCUUUCCAGUGUUCAAAUGAGUAAUUAGGUGCUGGCACAGACAAAAAGAUUUUUAUUUAUAUUUUCAAUGUUAUUUACCCUGAAUGUCUGUACUAUUAUAAUAUUUCAAACAAACUAUGGAUAGUGACUAACACAGUUUACAAUGCAUAUUUUAUAAAAAUUAGCAAAUCAAAGAUCUUAACUACCAUCAAGUCUUUUCUCCUUUUGUUUUUAUUGUAGAAAGCCUUACUUGCAUCUGUAUGUAUGCAGUUUGUGAUAUGAAAACUAACAUUUGUGCCAUUCACUAUUGAGAGAUUCUUGCCUUACUUAUCUGCCUUGCAGGGAUGUUGUUUGUGAAGCUCAGUGUCAUAUAUGUUGAUUCCCUGCCAUAAUUUAGAGGAAGUGCAAGUUCAGAGUCUAUAUAAAUGUGUACAUAUAUAUAUUAAUUUGUGUUAAACUACAAUUAUAUGUACAUAUAAAUUUGAUGCGAAUAGUUACUGUUUCAGAUGAAGAAUGAAUGUACCUGCAUUGUUUGCAUGAUAUUUGUUAGUUCGUGCAUUCAAAGAAAAUUUAUUAUAUUUAUCCAAAAGAAUUCGAAUAUCAUGUAUUUUAAGACUCCUAGUACAUGAUUUCAAAAUAUAUGUUUUCAAUUUUCA